AUGGCGUCGUCGCUUCUCAGAAACCCUAAUCUCUCAUCAACAACAAUCACAACCCCUUCUCUUCCCGCCUUCUCUUCCAAAUCCGCACCUGUUUCAUUCCGUUUCCGACCAUCCCGUCACCGUCAAUUCUCCCUCCGCGGCGAAUCCCUUCGCAUCUCGAGUUCCGUCUCCGAUCCUUCACCUCUCCCACCUCAUUCCCUCCGUCGUCGCCGUCCCGAAUACAUCCCUAACCGCAUUUCCGAUCCAAACUAUGUCCGCGUCUUCGACACGACUCUCCGUGACGGCGAACAGUCUCCCGGAGCUACUCUCACCUCCAAGGAAAAACUCGACAUCGCGCGUCAGCUAGCGAAACUCGGCGUAGACAUCAUCGAGGCUGGGUUCCCCGCCGCGUCGAAGGACGAUUUCGAAGCGGUUAAAACCAUAGCGGAAACAAUCGGAAACACCGUCGAUGAGAACGGAUAUGUACCUGUUAUAUGUGGACUCUCUAGAUGCAAUAAGAAAGAUAUCGAGACUGCUUGGGAAGCUGUGAAAUACGCUAAACGCCCAAGGAUCCACACUUUUAUCGCUACGAGCAACAUUCACUUGGAGUAUAAACUGAAGAAGAGCAAAGAAGAAGUCAUUGAAAUCGCUAGGAACAUGGUUCAAUUCGCGAGGAGCUUGGGUUGCGAAGACGUCGAGUUUAGCCCAGAAGAUGCCGGAAGAUCCGAGAGAGAGUUCCUGUACGAGAUUCUUGGUGAAGUUAUAAAAGCUGGAGCAACAACACUCAACAUACCUGAUACUGUUGGUAUAACUUUGCCUAGUGAGUUUGGUCAGUUGAUUGCUGAUAUAAAGGCUAAUACUCCAGGGAUCGAAAAUGUUAUCAUCUCAACGCAUUGCCAGAAUGAUCUUGGACUCUCUACGGCCAACACUUUAUCUGGGGCACAUUCGGGUGCGAGGCAGGUGGAGGUGACUAUCAAUGGAAUCGGUGAGAGAGCUGGAAACGCUUCACUGGAAGAGGUUGUGAUGGCCAUAAAAUGCCGUGGAGAUCAUGUAUUAGGAGGUCUAUAUACCGGAAUCGAUACUCGACACAUUGUUAUGACAAGCAAGAUGGUUGAAGAUUACACUGGAAUGCAAACGCAGCCCCAUAAGGCUAUUGUAGGAGCAAAUGCCUUUGCACAUGAAAGUGGUAUCCAUCAGGAUGGAAUGCUAAAACACAAGGGUACAUAUGAAAUUAUAUGCCCCGAAGAGAUUGGACUUGAACGAUCAAAUGAUGCUGGCAUUGUCUUGGGGAAGCUUAGUGGGCGUCAUGCGCUAAAAGACCGUUUGACUGAGCUUGGUUAUGAAUUGGACGAUGAGCAGCUAAGUACCCUUUUCUGGCGCUUCAAAUCUGUGGCCGAGCAGAAAAAGAGAGUUACCGAUGCGGACAUAAUAGCUCUAGUAUCUGAUGAAGUUUUCCAACCAGAAGCUGUGUGGAAACUCCUGGACAUUCAGAUAACUUGUGGAACUCUUGGGCUUUCAACAGCAACUGUAAAACUUGCUGCAGCUGACGGCAAAGAGCAUGUCGCUUGUUCUAUGGGAGCUGGGCCUGUAGAUUCAGCUUACAAGGCAGUAGAUCUCAUCGUAAAGGAACCGGCGACUCUGCUUGAGUACUCAAUGAAUGCAGUAACAGAAGGCAUUGAUGCCAUUGCAACCACACGAGUUCUUAUCCGCGGAGACAGCAGCUACACAUCUACAAACGCAAUAACCGGUGAAGAAGUUCAAAGGACCUUCAGUGGAACCGGAGCAGGGAUGGACAUUGUGGUUUCAAGCGUCAAAGCUUAUGUGGGAGCUUUGAACAAAAUGCUUGACUUCAAAGUAAAAUCUCCCACAAAAAUCCCUUCUCAGAACAACAAAGUCGCUGCCUGA